GGUUGAGGGGGAAAAAACUUGAACCAAAAUGGCGACGAAGAUAUGCCUGUCUAUUGGAAAACAAUAGAAAUAUCAAAGGGGGCAGAGUUGGAUUAUUGUAUGUCGUUGCACUUUGGUAUUUGCCAAACAAAAGACCAAGGACCGCCGUUGGUUAGUCUAUAGUUACACGUGGACAAUUUAAAGGGAUUUGUUUAGCUAAUCAGAAUAUCAUGCUUUGUUAGGGUAGGCUAGCUAGCUCAGGCAGGCUAGCGCACAUCCGUAGCAGCUCUGACUGGUGUUAGCAGCGCGAGCCAGGCGGUGUCUCGGGGAUCAGCUGUUUACUCGCUCACGAACACCAUAGCAUUUCGUUAACUAAGUUAACACGCGGCGUUCUCCCAGUACUCAUGGACACACUUUUGUGAAGUGUUGUUGCACAGAAGUAUAGGAAAUGUAAACUAUCUGAUUUAUUCUGUCCAAGUUCGCUUCAUUACUAAUCGUGGAGACUGAGCUAACUUUAGUAGCCAGAGCUGUGGAACCAGCCAGCGUUACUCAUUCUGCUAGCUAACUUUUAGCCAACUAACUUUGACCAUGAGAUUGGUGUGUUGCAUGUAGCAUUAGCCAGCAUUCGGAGUAAAAGUUGGGUAAGUGAAAAGAAAGAUUUUCAUUCAAUUAUUGUCGCACCUGCUAUUAAUCUCAGUCAAAUGUUGGACCUUGUGGUUUCAUGUUAAGGUACAGUUAAGUCACUCGUUGCUUGUUGAGUAGCUGAACAGUGUGAAAGUUCGGAUCUUUUGUUGCUCGCUUUCCAACUUUAUUUAGCUAAAGGAAUGUAACUAGCUGUCUAGCUUACGUUAGCUGGCAAGUUUGUGCUACCAAUGUAGUUUCAUCGACUAUCUAGCAAACAUAUCAUCGAGACUCUUUACUGACAACAUGUUUUAGUACAUGGCAAUUCAAUUGCACCGGUUGUUUUUCUCGUUUCUUAAUAUUCAUUGUUGCUGCGAUUUGUUUUCGGACUUACUAGCCAGUACUGACAGGCCCCUUGUCUGGGUUGAGAUAUUUGAAGGGUUUGGCCAGGAUGCAACACACACAGCUCGGCAUCUUCUGUUAUCGCAAUGGUUAAAUGAGAACUUCCCUCGCUGCCUUUUUACAUGCGUUUUCCCAAUACAAGUGUGUUGUGAAAAUAGGCCAACAUUAGCAAGACAAAGGUUGACUCCAUGGCAGUGGCAGAUCAGUCUUUGUAAAGGGGUAGGGGGUGUAAACGCCCACACUGAAAAGGAGCAAAUUCAGCAUUUUAUCCGGACUGCCGAAACCUGAGUCCAGAGUUUACAACAGUCUUUAUUGAUGAUGGCGGAUUUUGUUGUGCCGCCACCGCGACACAGCGCGGUGAUGGAGCGGCUCCGCCGUCGAAUCGAGCUCUUCAGGCGGCACCACAACAGCUGCGAGAACCGCUACCAGAACACGGCGAUGGAGCGUCUGGAGUUGGAAAGACAGCAGACCUUUGCACUGCACCAACGCUGCCUGCAAACUAAGGCCAAGCGGUCUAGUAAGCACAGACAGCCACAACCAAAUUCAGACCAGCCUCUUCAGAGAGGGCACACGACCGGUGGCAGUAAUGCAGAGCAAGGGGACGGCGCAACACCGGGAGAUCAGAACCGAAACAGCACUUUGAUUGCGCUGCAGGAGACAGUUCGGAGGAAGCAGGGGAGCUCUGUCUCCCCGCUGGGACGAGACCAGGUCAACGGCUACAGCGACGGCUACCCCCCUUCCAAGAAGGCCUGCCUGGACAACGGCACCUCCACCCUGCCCCCCCGCUCCCCCCUGGACAGCAAGCAGGGCCUGGGCGUGGAUGCCCUCUUACCCAACGGUAACCAUGGCACCAACAGGAAGCCUGGGGGCCUGGUGGGAGGGUCCUCGGAGAAGGAGUUCAGGCUGAAGGAGAUGAAGCAGGAGCCGGUGGAUGAUGUGCUGCCGUGCAUGCUCCCAGGGGGAGGGGCCGGGAGCAACCUGUUCCCCGACCUCAACCUCAACGAGCAGGAGUGGACUGAGCUGAUGGAGGAACUGAACCGCUCGGUGGCUUAUGAGGACAUCCAGGACAUCCUCAACGACGGCUUUGACGACCGCAAGGAUCCGCCGGAGCUGGGGUCCGGGGGCGUGGGGGGCGGGAUCUCUGGCCCCUCCUCCCAGGGCCUCCUCCCUCCAGACCUGGCCUGCGUCAAGUCUGAGUUCUCCCCGGUGUCGGCUGCCUUUGAGCAGGACCCCCGCACUGCCUCGCCCCACGUCAGACCCACCUCCUCUGGGCCUCCGGUCCACACCACCAACUCCCCCGCCACCGCCACCUCCUCCAAGGCCUCGUCCCCGGGCCUGCCCCAGCCCCUCUCCCAGCCUCCCCCCCCCUCCCGCCAGCCCCUCUCCCAGCCUCCCCCCCCCUCCCGCCAGCCUCUCUCCCAGCCUCCCCCACCCUCCCGCCAGCUCCCUCCCCAGCCCCACCUCCUCCCUCCCGGCCCCGUCUCCAAGGACUUGUCCCCCGCCCAGCAGCUCCAGCAGCUGGCAGCCCAGCAGCAGAGAGCUCAGCAGAUCCAGAACCAGUUCCAGCACCAACAGGCCCAGAAACAGCAGCAGCAGCAGCAGCAACAACAGCAGCAGCAGCUCCAGUCUUCCAAGUUCCACCCUGCUGGACCUCACCCUCACACGCCGUCCUGGCCCCCCACCACCAACCCCUCCCAGACCCCCCUGGGGCCCGCCUACGGCCUGGAGAAGACCUCCAGCCCCUCCCUCUACCCCCAGGACUUCCCCAGCAACCCUAAACAGCUCAUGAUGCCAGGCCAGCCCAACAAGGGGUCCCCCAAGGCCGGGGCAGGGGGGGCAGGGGGCUACCUGCAGCCUAACGUUGGGCACCCCAACAUGUUGGGGCACCCCACCCCGGGGGCCCCUCUCAGCCACCCUGGGCCCGCGGGGGGCCAGGCCCCCUCCUCCAUGCUGAGCUACAACAACACUAAGCCCCUGUCCCACUACGAGGCGGGGGCCUCUGGGCCCCCCCGGGGGCCCCCCAACACCCAGAGCCAGAACAAGGCAACUCUACUGUCUCUACUUCGCCAGCAGCAGCAGAUGAAGCAGAAAGCAGGCCAGGCCUUCCGCCCCCACGCUCAGCAGGACCAGGCCUCCUACCCUGCCACCGCCCAGGGCCCCGGGCCUGGCAGCUCCAUGCCCCAGCCUCCAGGGGGCAGCAUUAUGCAGCCCAACCAUGGCAACCCGGCCUUCCUUAGCAACCCUGCUGCAGUUCUGAAACAGCAGCAGCAACAACAGCAACAACAGCAGCAGCAGCUGCAGUUCCUCCUGGGCCAGAGACAGCAGCAACAGAUGAUGGCUGAACAGGAGAAGCAGCGGCAGCAGCAGGAGCAGCAGCUGCAGAGACACCUGACCCGCCCCCCUCCUCAGUACCACGACCAGCAGACACAGCCCCCCACUCAGAACCCCUUCCAGCAAACACAGGUCUCCCAGUUCCCCGGAUCCUCUCAGCCAAUGGGCAAUGUGGGUUCUUUAGGCGGCCCCGCCCCCGGAACCCAGCGCAUGUUCCCCCAGACGCAAAGCAUGCUGGGUAUGACCAUGGGCCAGUGCGGUGGCCCCGCCCCUGGCCCCGCCCCCCCUGCCUCCAGCCAGGCUGACCUGAGCCUCCCUGCAUGUGGAGGAGGAGGAGGGGGGGGAGCUAUGGAUGUCCAGCAGGUUCUCUAUAACAGCAUGGGGCUCCUGCCUGGCCACCCCUCCCAGCAGAGCGCCCUCCAGAGGCAGGCUGGGGGAGGCAUGGGCACACCCUACAGACACAGCAUGCUGCCCCAGCAGCCGCAGCACCUGAAGAACCAGCCCAGCGCUGCCCUGCUGAAGCAGCCUCCUCUGGCCAGGAUGCCAGGUUCCCUGGGGGCCAUGCCUAGCCCCAUGCCUAGCCCCAUGCCUAGCCCCAUGCCCAACACCCUGCAGAGUGUCCAGAGCCAGGUGUGGCCGCAGCACCAGGCCAUGCCCGCUCAGACGUCCUCCACCAACGGCAGCCUGCCGCCCAACGCCUUCUCCACCCCCAGCUCCUUCUCCACCCCCAGUUCUUUCCACCUGCAGCAGCAGACUCGCAUGCCCAAGAUGCCCACCGCCGGCGCUCCCUUUGGUGCCAACACCAACGGGCGCACGAUGGGGGGCAUGACCCCAGGGCAGCAGAUGAUGCAGUCGGGCAUCGCGCCUCGGCCCGGGCCCAACCCCCAGGGUCUAGGUCAGAGUCUGGGCCCGCCGCUCUCCAGCCAGCAGCAGAACCAGCAGCAGCAGGUGGGUCAGAACCAGGGUGUCCUGCCUGACCUGGGGGUGUUUGGACCGGGGAACCAGGCAGGGAACCGGACCGGCCUGCAGUGUAGCCAGGGUUACCAGGUGACCCGGACAGUCGGUCAACAGCAACAGCAGCAGCAGCUGUCGUUUGGCUACAGCCCUCGGUCUGGUUUCCCUGGUGACGGGGACUUGGACUCGCUCCUCAAGGGCCAGAGCACUCAGGAGUGGAUGGACGACCUGGACGAGCUGCUAGCCAGCCAUCAGUGAGCUCUCCUGCUGCCUCUCCUGCUGCCUCUCCUGCUGCCUCUCCUGCUGCCUCUCCUGCUGCCUCUCCUGCUGCCUCUCCUGCUGCCUCUCCUGCUGCCUCUCCUGCUGGGGGCUCUGGAGGGACCAGGGCCAUGGGACGAGUCUCAAGACGUCCAACAAGCCAUCUGUCGGAGCGAGGGAGGGAGGGCGCUGGGGUUAGGUGUCUAGGUCAUGGCCUGUCAUGGUUUUGCUGCAACAGCGACCUGGGAGAUGAACACGAAGCUGUGGUGGAUGACAAAUGCUUCUCGACACUGAGCGUUGUGGUGUGUGUGUGUCUGUUGAGAGUGUGUGUACACACCAAGUGUGUAGAUUGGAACACUGAGAGCUGCACAGGCCCCGUCAGACCGUGCGUUCCCCAGGACUGGAGAACAGAGAACUUUACUACUACUAUAGUACUACUAUAUUACUAUUACUACUAUUACUAUUACUACUGAACCUGUGGCUCAGUACCAAACCACUGAAUCCUGCACACACAGAGGGAACACGUCCCAAGCCUACCAAAACACCGUCAUCCUGCAGUAGGGGUGUGUUGGACCCACCCUCGCCCUUCCAUCAUGGGUUGUUUGGGAAGACAAAGGAGGCCUUACACGCUAAUUAGAUAUAUGAAAAUAUGCUCAGUUGCAGAGAGGGCGUAGUGACAUAUUCCCCUUUGUUUGUCCACGGACAGAGACAGUGGAGUCUUCAUGUGUGGUGAGCCUUCACACUUCUGCCAUCUCAUACUUAACUACCUACAGAGGGUUUAUUGGUCACAAACCAACAUGCACGAUAAGAACCCCUGUUAUCGUCAAUCACCGUGGUGACAAAACAUUCAGCAAAGAUUUCCCUCCAUCUGACCCUUCCUGAAGCUACUGCUGAACCAGAGACAGCAGCAGGCUGACUCAGAUGAGACGUGUCUCUGCUAAAUCUGUGCUAGAUAUCGUUAGCGGAUGUCUCUUCUAACCCAAGUGGGCUUAGUGUACCACACCCUGUUCAGAUACAGGCCAGGUAGGAGUUCCAAAGCGGUUUGAACGUGCCAACCGUUGACUCAUCCCGUGUCGAAGGUCGUUACCAAGAAUGAUCAUUUCAAAGAGCAGAUGGAGGUGUCUUCACUUGCCCUCAAACGCACCCUGAUUCUGGAGAGGGUCAUCUCUUGUGUUAGGGGAUUCUGUACAUGUAUAUAAGUAUAUUUUUUUGUAUGUAUGCAUUUCCUAUUGUUCUGGAGAAGAGAUCUUAUUUUUAUAUAUUGCACCGGAUUUUGUAAGUAUUUUAUACUUUUUAAUAUGGUUCUUUGUAAAACAAGAGUAUUAAAUGUAAAUAUAGUUCUUUAGAAAUGA